AUGAUUAGAGACAUCAGGUACAUUGCAAACAAUUUUGCUGUGUUGAGCAAAAUUAUAACGGUUUUUGAGAAAAAAGACACAAAUAUCAAGAAGGGAUACGAGAUUUUAUCUUCUCUGAAAUUUGAAGAUGUUCGUAUUGGUAUUACAAGGUAUUUGAGACAAAGGCUGUCUGAUCAUUUGAUCGGAGACCUAUAUAUAGUGGUGUGA